AUGCGCAAGGGCAAUGUGCGAAUUCUCACCAGGACCGGCAUCUUUCCAUCACCAGCUGGUUUACCGAGCCACCCGAAGGCCUUAAUAUCUGAGCCACCUAUAACACGUCAUCUCCCCUCGACCACCUCGUUCGUUCUGGCCACCCGUUUGCGAAAGAUAUCCGAUCGGCUGCGUGGUCGACAGAAGCCUACACGUCCACCCCCUUUACAGCCCAACGACGACGACAUGUCUCGCACCGGGCCUCCCCAUUACCACCAGGGCUCCGCCAAUCUUUGUCACUGUGCAUUCUCAGAAAGUUACCAUAACACUUCCGCACCAUACAUAUACCCAUCCGCACCUGCACCUGCACCUCCUCCCGCUGGUAGACCCCGUCCAAUAGCAGGCCACCCAUCCGAAUACGCCCCCGCCAUCCGCAGAGUCCCCAAGCCCAAGCCCACCAACAAAAUCGCCAAGUCCCGAGACAUGAAAUUCGACGAAGACACCUGGCAAUGGUACUUUGAAACCGCCGACGCACCGGGCGUAAGAUGGCUCGAGUCCGUCAGACAUAUCGAAGACCUCCCCCAGGCCAAGGACCCGGACUUUGCAUCGAUGCUCAACGAGUAUUACAUGGCCGGCCAUGUCAUUGAUAUGCCCGAUCAAGAAAGGCUCCCAGUCGUGCCCGGCGGACUAGGGAAAGGAUGGAGGUACAAGCGAGCCGCUCCUCCUCCGGCCGUACAGAAACAGCCGACCCAGCACCCUCCUGCCCCAGCGCAACCCCAGACCUGGAUUGAGCCGAUUUAUCAUCAGCGGUAUCCUGCGGCGCCUCAGUAUGCCGGCGGAUCGGCUCAUCCUGUCUCCAUGCGUCCGAACCACGAUGGGUGGCGCGUAUAUUCGAGCGCCCCGCCUCACGAAUUUCCUCGUGCACUUCAUGAAACUCGACACCCUUCUGAGGGGUCCGAGCGCUUAGGUCCUCUUCCGGGUACCCCAGGACCAAGACACUACGUCGAUGCGUCUGCCCACAGAGGCUAUCGACCGCCUUCUCCAGACGACUCUCCGAGCGAAGAAAGCGAAGACGAAGAAGAUGAAGAUGAAGACGACGAAUCAGACGAUAGCUAUAAUUACCCAGAACUUCAUCGUUCAAGGUCUUACGCUCCGCCCCCACCUCCCAAGCCUCCACACCAUGCGCAAAGACUGAGGGAAAGAGGUUACAGGGUGACCGAUCCGCAUACUAACGUGGACCCGGACGGACUAGACGCUCCCGCACUCGCCAUGGGCAAACACGGUCGCUCAGCCUCAUCCCCCAACGUCCCCCCGGCCAAAACAUACCAGAAAAUCGAGAUUCACAGGGUACUGCAAACACGAACCACCCUCGGGGUCUCACGCAUGCCCGACCUCGUGUUCGACCUGCGAUACGACCCGCGCCACGCGUUUGACCGAUCAGACGAGCCCGGCCCGGUCGAUUUGACGACUGCCCCGGCUUUUCAGCCCGGUCAGACUUUUGUGAGGUUCUUGAUCCGGCAUCCGUUUGGGGGGCGCGGGGGGGAUUGGGUGCAGGAUGUGGAAGACGCGCAGUAUUUGACUGUCAUGGGUGUGCUGAGGAUCAUUUCGGGAAUGGUGCAUCGGAAUAUUGACCAGCAUUUAGACUGGGACCCGCUCUCAGAGUUCGACAAGAGUUUCGUAUACGAGGCGUACCUCAAUCGACCAUGUCCAGACGAAGACGCAGCGGGGCGACGGCUACAUUUAUUCUGCGAGAAAUACAUGUUUGGGGGGAUCGAACAGUUACCGUUUAAAGCCAAGGGUACCACGGCCGAAGGACCCACUUUUUCGGUCAAGUUGAUUAAAAAUUCGAAGCUCAAGCGGUAUGAUAAAUUGAGUGGGUUUCGUAUACCUAGUGGGAAGGGAAGGUGGACUGGAAGAGGGGACACAACGUAUCCGUAUUUGGUUGAUGAUAUGGCCAGUUCGAGGCGGGUGGAAUGA